AUGCUCCCGGCAUCCCUUGUACUCGUUCUUGCGUCCCUGCUCCUCGCGGAACUGGCAGCUUCCCCGGCGUUGGCGUUUGACCCGCCGACGUACAACGCAACGGUGUGGAAGGCGUUUGCGGCCAAGACUCUGCUGACGCCGUUCCCGGAGCUCCACACUGAUCCGUACGAGGCUUCACCGCCGAUCAACACUACCUGGCCAGCGGUUCCAGUCUGUGCCGUCGUCUAUCCCAAUGAGCCCGACCGGUCGUCGUACAAGCUCGCGACGUUUCCUACCCGGGCGGCGGCCGAGGCAGCGCCGGCCACCUUUGUCACUCAUCUACAUCCGUGCGGUCUGUGCUCAACGACCCAGGAUCUGGCGGUGUACAUGGCCAAGCCGGAUUUGACCGACCCGGUCCGUAAGUGCGGGCUCGAGACCGCCUUUGAUAAGAAGCUCGCUCUCGACUGCCUCCUCGACAUCGGCUUCUCCAAGCCGUGCGCCCAGAUCUGGAUGUACGACGCCAUCAACUCGUUCAAGCACUGCCUCGAGCCUUGCAUCAAGGCCUGGAUCGAGCACACGCCCAACAACGUCCCGCCGAACUCGUACAACAUGAAUCCUUGCCUCGCGUGUGACCAGGAGAAGAGCGGGCCGGUCUUUGGUGUCGUCGCCGCCCGCAUCCGCCGCGACUCGGGUCUCCGCUCCUCCAUCAAUCGUCCGCCGUCAUCGAUCGCCAACAUCACCCACUACUACUACUGA